CGGUCACACUGGUGUGUGGGAAUGGAAUAAAAAUAAAUAUCCAAUAAUUAAAAAGUGCAGAAGUUUUGUAUCCUGAUUUUUCGAUUGCCAUGCUGAACAACUAUCAGCGCCUGUGUCCUUGUUGAAUAUUACUAACGAAUAGAUCCUGUGCAGUGUGCUAGAACAGCAGCAAAAUAAAACGCAAUUGUUUUGCGAUGGCGACGAGUGCUAGCGACAAGAAGGCGAGCGAGUGCUGAGAGAGAAACAAAUCGGUUGCAGAAAUAAACCCCGAAGCAGCAAAACAGUGGCAGCCAAAAUCAACAGAAUUCCUGAAAUAAACAAUAACCGAGUGAGUUCUCGAUGCGAGUCACCAGUUCCAGUCUCUACCCAAAAAAAAUAGCAGCAGGCUGUGGCACACAGAUGAGAGAUGCGAAUAGUGCGAAUGGUAACAGCACAAAGCAGCAGCAGCAGCAGGAGCAACAGCAGUGGAAUCAUCAAAGAGCAACAGCAAUAACAUCAGUGUAAAAGGAAUAAUUGUUCGAAGAAGAACCACAAGUUGCAGGCAGCAACAGGAGCAGCAGCAGCAGCAGCAGCAGCAUGACCACAAGAAAGAGCUGCCAGGUACUGGCCCUGCUGGGUCUGUGUCUGGUCUGCCAUGAGGCGGCUUUGGUCAGUGGACAUGUGCUUGUCUAUAGACGCAUCUCAAAUCAGUUAAUUGAGGAAUUCAAUGCUCUGCCAGCUCAAUUUGGUCCUCUACUGCCGCCAAAUGGUCUCAAGGUGUACGUGGUGCCUGCCAUGCCCCAAGCCUAUGGUUGUGAUUCGCUGAGCAGGCCACCGCAUUUGAUUUACCCAUCAGCGGCCAAGUUUGUGGCACUGAUAUCACGCGGCGGUGGCUGCACCUUUGAGAUAAAGGUGCGCAUGGCACAGAAUGCAAGCUACUCUGCUGUGAUUGUCUACAAUAACGAAGGAGAUGAUUUGGAGCAAAUGUCCGCCGAUAAUCAGUCGGGCAUACACAUACCCUCCGUCUUCGUUGGCCAUACAACGGGCAAGGCUCUGGCCACAUAUUUCACGCCCGAGGUGGUGCUAAUCAUCAACGAUGAGCUGCCCUUCAAUAUCAACACACAACUGAUAUUGCCCUUCUCCAUACUGAUUGGCCUCUGCUUUCUCAUCAUGGUAAUCUAUAUGAUAUACAAAUGCAUACGCGAACAGCGUCGUCUGCGUCGCCAUCGACUGCCCAAGAGCAUGCUGAAGAAGUUGCCUGUGCUGCGCUACACAAAGAACAAUACGAACAAUAAAUAUGAUACCUGUGUGAUCUGUCUGGAUGAAUUCGUUGAGGAUGACAAGCUGCGUGUGCUGCCAUGCUUCCAUCCCUAUCACACACACUGUAUUGAUCCCUGGUUGACUGAAAAUCGUCGCGUUUGUCCUAUCUGCAAGCGCAAGGUUUUUACGAAAGGCGAAGAACGCGCAAGUCGGAAUCGACAGCCUUCUUUGGAUAGUGUCACCGACACGGAUGAUGAUACAACGCCGCUGCUGCAACAGCAGCCAAAUGGUGGCAGGCAGGGUGGUCAGGGAUCCGCCUCAUCCGCUGCCAGUGCAGCAGCGGCCGGUAGUAGCUCCAGUGUGGCAACAGCUGCUGCUCCAGGCACCACACGACAUGGCACCUUUCGACGUGCUGACGCUGGCCGGAAUCCAUUUGAAGCGCAGGAGACUCAAAGCUCGGAUGAUGAGGAUGCCCUGCUGGACUAUGCCUCUCUUCCAGACACCUCAACGUCGCCCACUCGUGAGCGCAUGAAUCCCUUUGAUCGUGCACCAAAUUUGCCCGAACAUCUCGCUCGACAGUUGAACGAAGAACGUCCCUCGAUUUGGUCGCGCAUUAAUUUUGGCUUCCUGUUUCGUCGUCCGGCGAUUUCAAUUAGUGUGGCAGCACCGCCAUAUCUGGAGCACGUUGAGUCUGGUACUAGUGCCACGAUGGGGCUGCCCGCGACGACUGCAACGACUACAACGGGGGUAAUUGCCAUUGCCUCGCCCGCAUCGAAUAACAUCCUUAAUCCGAAUUUAAGCGGCUCCUUCAAGGAUGCUGAGGAUAUGCCACCGCAUCGGUCCAUCUACGAACCCAUAGCAAUCAAUACGCCAGCGGCCAACGAUUCAGCGUUCCUGCAAACGCCCACGCAGGGCGGCAUAGGCGUGGCCGCAUUGCCACACAGUGCUGCCGACCGCCAGUUUCUCAUAUGAGCGCAAGGAGUGGAGGUCCCCCGUACACUUAGUCGUUGUCGAUCCCCAAAGAACAACCUUUUUGUUUUUAAUCAAGAACAAUUUUCGAUUUGGUUCGCUUUCAAGAGAGAAAGAGAGAGAGCUGUGUGGCUGCCAGCUGCUUUGUUUUAAACAAUAAAUAAAUGUUUAUUAUUAAAUAUUAAUAAAUAUGUAGGUCCUACCCCCCAGAUCUUGUGUUGGCCUGUGAGUCCGUCACGCCCACAAAAUACACAGACACACAAAACACACACACACACGUACAUAUAUAUACAUAUAUGCGUAUACAAAUUGUGAUUUAUUUUAUAUACAUUUUACAAACCUUAUCCCACGAUUGGCACACACCACAGAACCCGCCUACAAAAUUUACCAAAAACAAAAAAAACGCAAAAGAUACCACAGCUAAGAUUUGAUUUUUUUAGUCGAACAAACUUCCUCAUACACACACACAAACACACGAGUGCAACAGAGUGAUUCAUGGAAUUAGUUUAUAAUUUUAAUUUGAAACAAACACACACAAAAAAUGAAAUUAAAGCUUAAAACAAUUUGUUUAAUGAACGAUUGAUGUGGCAUUAUAUGGGCCUGUACAUUGUAUAUUAUUCUCGAUUUAACUAAUUUUAAGUUUACUAUAAAAAAAAACAACAAUAAUUAAACUAAAACACCUCCAAAAUGUUGCAAAUGAUUUUCCAGUUAGAAGAGGAGCGCGCGCGGCAGAGGAGUGAAACACACAAUAAAAUGUAUGAAUGUACGCUAUGUUUCUUCUUUUUACAAAUAUGAUCAAAUUAUAUUUCAAGUUGCCACAAAAUCCACUGAAAGUAGAGCAUAAAACUAGUUUGUGAUUAUUUUAACCCAAAAAACAAAAACCCUUUAACGUGCAAAGGAAG